AUGGGUAAACGGAAGAGCUCCAGCAAACCUCAGGGACCCAAGAAGGCUGUCCCUCUGCCUACGACCUUUACCUGCCUCUUCUGCAACCACGAGAAGUCUGUGACCGUGAAGCUUGAUAAGAAACUCGGCAUUGGCUAUUUGGAGUGCAAGGUCUGUGGCCAGAAGUUCCAAUGCGCCAUCAACUCCGUUGAUGUUUACGGCGAGUGGGUAGAUGCAGCUGAUUCCGUGGCCAAGGAGAAAGUCGAGAAUGAGACCAGUGGUGGCCGACUGGGCCUCGCCGAUUCGGGUCGCUAUGCGCCUGGCCGCGUAGGCCCACCAUCGCGAGACAUUGACGACGACGACGAUGGCGGAGACAGACGAUACGCGGGCGAAGGCAUUGUGGACGACGAUGAAUACUGA